AUGGAUACCAAAGUAUCAACAAAAAAUAGCGAAAAAACUCAUCUUGCAUCAGAAACAAAUAAUGAGAAAUUCGAUUGCUUUCAAGAGUAUGAAGAAAAGGUGUUGCUACGGAAAAUAGACUAUAGAUUCAUACCUCUUUUUGCAGCAAUGUUUUUCUUUAGCCAAAUUGAUCGAACAAACAUUGGCAAUGCAAAAAUCACAUCUUUUCCGAAAGACAUCGGAGUAAAUGCGGACCAAUUUCUUGGGGCAAUCUCGAUAUUUUUUCUUGGUUAUGCGAUAUUCGAUGUGCCAAAUAAUUUAAUGUUAAAACAUUAUGGUGUUCGUUUUUGGCUGUCGUUUAUUAUGGUCGGAUGGGGUAUUUGUUCAAUGUCGAUGGCUGCUGUCGAAAAUGUUGGUGGACUUUAUGCUCUUCGUGUCUUAUUGGCAUUUCGACUUGGUUGCAUUUUUGCACUUGCCACGAUUGGAAUUGCAUUUAGUGGUGUCUUGGCUUAUGGAAUUUUGCAAUUAGAAGGAUAUGGUGAACUCAAAGGCUGGCAAUAUUUGUUUCUCAUCGAAGGAAUAGGUCCAAUUUUAUUUUCGACAGUUGUUUUUUUUUGGAUGCCGGAAAACCCCGAAGCGGCAAAAUUUCUUACGCCAAAAGAAAAAAAACUGAUCAAAUUCCGACUAAAAUUCGAAUCAACGUCAGCGAUUACAGAUCGUGAAGUAGCACGCAAACAAAUAAUCGCGUUAUUAAAGGAUUGGCGAACAUACAUGUACUGUUUAAUCUCAUUCACUUCAGGCGUGACACAAUACGUUUUUGGAUUUUUCUUGCCCACCAUUUUAGUGUCGUUUGGUUAUGAUGCGCUGAAAACACAAUUGAUGUCUUCGCCGCCACAAUUCUUUGCACUAUUGAUUAUUUUGCCGGUUGCUUAUUCUUCUGGACGAUUUCUUGAACGGGGAUACCAUAUUGCAGGAUCAUGUGCUUUGGCGUUGGCUGGAUUUAUACCGUUGAUUGCGUAUGAAGGACACAAUACUAAUGCAAAAUACAUUUUUACUACCCUUGCGUUAACCGGCACUAAUGCUUCUAUUUCGCUUGGAGGAAUCGUAGCCGGUCAAAUAUAUCGCGCUCACGACGCACCAAGAUAUCUUCGUGGUCACAUAAUCGCAAUGAGUUUCAUCAUUUUGCAAGCGGUCGCCUCGUUAGGUCUUAAAUUUUAUCUUGUGCGCGAGAAUAAACGACGUGAUGCAUUGCCUAAAGAUCCACGGUACCCUCCAGACGAAACUUUCAAUGAGGAAUUGUGUGACGAUCAUCCGAAUUGGCGUUAUGUUACUUAA